UACUUUUGGGUAGAAUAAUAUAAAUAAAAGUACAGGACUGGGUCUUUCUCCGAGGCUUGCAGACAGAAUCAAGGAGCUGCCGAAAACUAAAUCAUCGAACGGUGCUGAAGAGGGUCUAAAUUUACUGUAACCUGAGAAACUUCCGCAAAAACUUCAAGAAAAACAGGAUCUUGUACCAUGGCAAGUGGUGAAGGAGGAAGCGGAGGGGGUCAAAGGCAAGACGAGUUCAAUAAGAGGCAGGGCACUCUGAAUGAGGUACUUCAUUAUGCCAUCGAAAACACACCAACAGACAGAGAACCAGAGGCAAGGGGACCCCUGACAGACGAGAAAAGGGAGUUUCUGAACAAGGUCUUCACUGACAUGCUGAGAGAUGAGGUGAAGGAGAUGAAGGAACACGUGGAGGUCCUGAAGAGGAUUCAGGACUCUGAGACGGAGGAAGACCAGGAGGAGAAAGAAGAACGUUUAGAAGCCCUCUUGGAUCUCUGUGAGACAAUUGACAAUGCACAAGAUUUCCUAAAAGUGGGCGGAGUCGAUGUUGCCAUGGCGCUGUGCCGCGACCCCAGCUCAGAGGUGAGGUGGCGAGCCUUGGAUCUCCUAGCCAUGACGGUCCAGAACAACCCUGUCAAUCAGAACGCCAUGGUGCAACGGGACGCCCUCAAGCUCUUCUUCCAAUUGCUAGACAACGAUGGAGCUUAUAAAGUCAAGGUCAAGGCACUUUAUGCCAUAUCAUGUUUGGUACGAGAGAAUGAGCUAGCCCAGGAUGGGUUGGUGAGAGAAGAUGGUUUCUCAUCUCUGAUGAGAGCAAUGCAGACUGACAUAGAGAAGCUACAAAUCAAAGCUGCCUUCCUCUUAAGUGCACUGGUAUGGGAGCAACCUAAGUUCAAUGAAACGUUGCACAGUAUGGGUAUGGUUCAGCAGCUCAUCUCUCUGCUCCAGACGGAACACAAGAUGUAUCACGAGCAUGUUAUGUCAGCCAUUCUUCAUCUCGUCUCCCAGCAUCCUGGUUGCCAUGCCGACUCAUUGCACCCGGAUCUCAACUUCCGGGGGUUUCUUGAGGAACGCACGGGGGAGCUCAAUGGAAAGGAGGAGUAUUUGGAGGAACUUGAAUAUUGCCAAAAGCUGACAGCCCUCUACUCACAAGCUGCACAAAGCGACAGCCGUACAGGAGCAGACAGAUGACCUUUCACCUCUGAUCUCUGACCUCUGACUAUGCUACCAUUGGCUGGCCGCUAAAUAUGUUUGCAUCCUGCUUUGUGGCCCAUUGACGUGAAAUAAGGAAAGAAAGAUACGACUUCUGCUUCUUUACGUAACUGCAGUUUACUUGUAAAGACUAUAUUUUCAAUUUGGUGCUGUGUUUCACAACCCUAGCACAAUGGCUGACCCACAUAUAAGGGAAUAUAUCAGCCGUGCCCCUCUCCCUUCCCCUUCUUUAGUUCCAGACACUAUAUGUUACGCUAUCUAGACAUAUGAUACACCAGUUUCUGAGGGGGCAUCUAGAAUAUUACAUAAUGGGUAAAGUAUUCCUACUAUAGUUCUGGGAUGGCCAGGCACCUUUGUGAUUACAACGUUCGUUUGUGUCUCCUUAGAUCAAGAUUAAAUCUUGAUCUUUGGAGUAGUUGCUACAACCGGCCGUGUCAGACACGUUGCCCUGGGGUGCGAGAUAAGACUCUUGUAGCGUGCCCCCAUUUAAAACAAUUAUACAAUAACAAAUAACAAUUAACAUUAAUAACCAUGAGACAUUAAACCAUCUCCUGCUGUAGCACGGAAACCGGAUUGGUCUAUCAUGAACUGUUCCAGAACCCUCCACCCCCACCCCCUCUCCUUUUCAUACAAUCCUGUAUCCUCGUCGUUGUGAUUUGAUUUUCAUAUACUGCUUUUACAAUAUGAGAGAGUAAAAUGUUUUAAAGGUAAUACAAAGUUUUGGUAUGGGGUCAUGUAUUUGGUUCAAACGAACAUAUUGGAAGCAUAUGCAAUCCUACAAUAUUCAG